AUGGAGAACGUGAUUCUAACAGGAGUAGAGGGCAUGGUGAAGCCAAAGACAAAGAUCGUUUGCACCUUAGGGCCAGCUUCGAGGUCGGUUGAGAUGAUUGAGAAGCUUUUGAAAGCUGGCAUGAACGUCGCACGUUUCAACUUCUCGCAUGGUUCCCAUGCAUACCACCAGGAAACCUUGGACAAUCUAAGGACUGCCAUGAACAACACCUGCAUUCCUUGUGCUGUCAUGUUGGAUACUAAGGGACCAGAGAUUCGAACUGGCUUUUUGAAGGAUGGGAAGCCCAUACAACUCACUCAGGGUGAAAAGAUUACUAUUACCACUGACUAUAGCGUAAAGGGUGAUGAGAAUCUGAUCUCCAUGAGUUACAUGAAGUUGGCUGAAGAUUUAAAGCCUGGGAGCGUUAUUUUGUGUUCCGAUGGGACAAUUACAUUCACUGUCUUGGCUUGUGACAAGGAAUUGGGAUUGGUCCAUUGCCGCUGUGAGAACUCUGCAGUUCUGGGUGAAAGGAAGAAUGUCAAUCUUCCAGGAGUUGUGGUUGAUCUUCCAACCUUAACAGAGAAGGACAAAGAAGAUAUCCUGCAAUGGGGUGUUCCAAACAAGAUAGACAUAAUCGCCUUGUCUUUUGUUCGUAAAGGUUCAGACCUUGUAGAGGUCAGAAAGCUGCUGGGAGAGAAUGGAAAUAGCAUUAUUCUCAUGUCAAAGGUUGAAAAUCAAGAAGGAGUUGCUAAUUUUGAUGAUAUUCUAGCAAAUUCUGAUGCAUUUAUGGUUGCAAGAGGUGAUUUGGGAAUGGAGAUCCCAAUUGAGAAGAUAUUCCUGGCUCAGAAAAUGAUGAUUAUUAAGGCCAAUAUAUUGGGAAAGCCUGUGGUAACUGCAACUCAGAUGCUGGAGUCCAUGAUCAAAUCUCCGAGGCCAACUCGGGCUGAAGCUACCGAUGUUGCCAAUGCAGUUCUCGAUGGUACUGACUGUGUGAUGCUAAGUGGAGAAACUGCUGCUGGGUCCUACCCUGACCUUGCUGUUCAAACCAUGGCCAGAAUUUGCAUAGAGGCAGAAAACUUUAUAAACUAUGGAGAUCUUUUCAAGAGAAUAAUGGAAACUGCAUCUACGCCUAUGAGCCCAUUAGAAAGUCUGGCUUCCUCAGCUGUGAGGACCGGCAAUUGCAUUAAAGCAUCUAUAAUUUUGGUCCUAACCAGAACUGGAACCACAGCUAAGCUGGUGGCCAAGUAUAGGCCAAGUAUGCCUAUUUUGUCUAUGAUCAUCCCAGAGAUAACGACAGAUUCCCUUGACUGGUCAUGCAGUGAUGAAGCUCCAGCAAGGCAUUGCCUUAUUUACAGGGGUCUGAUACCUGUUUUGAGCGCUGGCUCUGCAAAAGCUUCUUACAGUGAGUCUAUUGAGGAAACAACCAAGUUUGCCCUUCAAUAUGCAAAGGAAAGAAGACUUUGCAAACCUGGAGACUCAAUUGUGGCAUUGCACCCUUCAGUGAUUAAGAUCUUGACAGUUUGA